AUGAGGAGGAAGAAGCAGCUAGUGCCAGUUACUAAAGAAGCAGAGUCAAAACUAGAUCUUUUAUUAGUUGGAGAUGUCAGUGUUCACCACCUGGCUUGCGCUGUACAGAAAUUCUUUUCAAAUACCCAGGAAGUAACCAUCACCAUUUGUGAUGCAAAGAAGGCAGCCACACUUGUGAACAAUUGCGUGUUUAAUAUGAUUUUCCUGAGGAUUACUCCUGUCCUAACUGCUGAGGAACUGGAAGCUAUCAAGUCGAUCAGAUUUGGCAAGAGGGAAAAUAUACAUUUGCUGUUUGUUUUUAUAAUCCCUGAAAAUUUUAAAGGUUGUGUUUCAGGGUAUGGAGCUGAUAUUACUUUAAGUGAACCACUGACAAUGGAAAAAAUGAAUAUUGUGCUAAAAUACUGGAGAGCAUAUUUCACAAAUAGUUCGGUUAAGAAUGAAAAUUCUCUGAGGACUGAACAACGUGGAUUUUCCCUGCGGAGCUCAAGCAGUAAACCUCUGGAAUAUUUUUCUUCCAAUCUAUUUACUCGCACUAAAUCUGUAAGACAUGACAUUAAACUUGAAUUAAAUGCCUCAUUAUCAGAUUUUGAGAACAGCAAAAAGAUUUUUCUUCAUUCAAGCAAAGAGAAGAUGAGAAGAGAGCGAAUCAAGUAUUGCUGUGAGCAGCUGCGUGCUCUGUUACCAUAUGAGCAGGGGAGGAAGAAUGAUAUGGCUUCAGUUAUUGAGGCAACAGUUGAUUAUGUGAAGUAUGUCCGGGACAGAAUCCCUCCAGCUGUUAUGCACAAGAUUUCAGAAGCUAUUAAGAACAAUAAGAAGUAUUGGAAGAAACCAAAGGCGAUCCAGCUUUGCCUCCAAGGCCCUGUCAAGUCUCAAAGGAAAAGCACUGUGACGACAAGCAAGUACUCACCUGUGAGAGAGAUCCAGUUAGUGGCUGAUAAGUGUCUGGAUGUAUAUUCUGAGCCUACUGCGGGGGGAUCCCUGGAUGAAUCUAUGAGAGGUCAGUCAAGCUCCACUUCAGUGAGUACUAUUGGUGAUCUGUAUAAAACUCAAAUUCCCAGUGCAGCCCUCUCCCUUAAUUCCUUCCAUGCUAUCAAAUACUAUUCUAAAGUUAUCUUUUCCUAUAAUUCAGCUGCCAUAACAAAUCAGAAUAUUGACAUUCGUUUGCCGUCAGCCAUGCCCAAAGUCUCAAAGUUUCUUCCCCAGCAGUGCAAUUCCAUGCUUGGACAGACGUGCACAGCACAACCCAACUGCUUGCAGCAGUAUUGGGCAUAUUAA